AUGAGUAGCAAAACUUUACUAGUAAAAAACUCACUUCAAGAGAUCGAGGAGGAAGUCAGCAGACUUGACUGGCCAUCUUCCUUGGGUGGUGUUCCAUUGCUUGGUUUGAGCGGCACGUCCGAUUCCACCGUGGAAACGUCUGAAUGGAACGAUUUCCUUGUGUUCCUUGACGUGGUUGAGGAAGGCUUGAGCACGUCUGAGUGGCAUACCGCGAAGAGCCAUGGCAGCCUCAUGAUCAAAGCUAUUCUUGUCAUCAAUAACCAUGGGAAACCACGACUACUGAAAUUCUAUCAACACUAUUCGGAAGAAAUGCAGCAACAGAUCGUUCGAGAAACUUUUCAGUUAGUAUCCAAACGAGAUGACAACGUCUGCAAUUUUUUGGAAGGGGGCACUCUUAUCGACGGAAACGAUUAUCGUCUGAUUUACCGGCACUAUGCCACCUUGUACUUUAUAUUUUGUGUAGAUUCAUCUGAAAGUGAACUUGGAAUUCUCGACCUAAUUCAGGUUUUCGUUGAGACGCUCGACCGCUGCUUCGAGAACGUUUGCGAGUUAGAUCUGAUUUUCCAUGUCGAUCGUGUUCAUCAUAUUCUUGGAGAAAUCGUUAUGGGUGGAAUGGUUCUCGAAACAAAUAUGAACGAAAUUUUACAAAGGAUACAAGAGCAAGACAAAAUCCAAAAACAAGAAGCCGGGAUUACGGCUGCUCCAGCUCGAGCAGUUUCCGCAGUGAAAAAUAUGAACAUUUCACAGCAGCUGAAAGAUAUUAAGUUACCUGAUUUACCAUCAUUGUCCAAUUUGAAAAACGCUUUCUGA